GCUCCGCGCCACGUUUGGGGGGAGAGAGAGAGAGGCCAAAAAUGGAGGAGAGAGAGAAGGUGAGGGUUUGUGGAUGAAGAAGAAAGGGAAGAAUCGGUGAGGUCGAAGAAGAAUGCGAAGGACGACGGAGGUAUGACGGUGAUCGAUAUCGUGUUCAGGGUCGAAGAGAUCUGCAAAAGGUACGAGAAGUACGAUGUCGACAAGCAGCGCGAGCUCGGCGCUUACGGCGACGAUGCCUUCGCUCGCCUCUACGCCUCCAUUGAUUCCGACAUCGAGGACGUUCUUCGUAAAGCAGAGUUGGCAUCAACGGAGAACAAUAGAGCUGCAGCAGUGGCCAUGAACGCUGAGGUCCGAAGGACAAAGGCGCGUUUAGUGGAAGAUAUCGUCAAGCUUCAGAAAUUGGCUGCAAAGAAGUUCAAAGGGCUUUCGAAAGAGGAACGAGAAUCCCGUUGUGAUUUGGUUAUUGCAUUGGCCGAUAGGAUUCAAGAAAUACCAGAUGGGAAUGCAAAUGCAGCCAAACAAGAUGGAGCCUGGGGAGCUUCAGCACCUAACAAAAUCAAGUUUGACCUAUCAGAGGAAGACAUGAACGAGGGUUUCUUCCAGCAAACUGAAGAAUCCGACCAGUUUAGGCAAGAAUAUGAAAUUAGGAAAAAGAAACAGGACGAGGGUCUUGAUGUCAUAUCAGAAGGCUUGGAAGCACUGAAGAAUUUGGCCCAUGACAUGAACGAGGAACUCGACAAGCAAAUUCCGCUGAUGGACGAAAUCGAAACAAAGGCGGAUAAAGCAGCUUCGGAUUUGAAGAACACCAACGUCAGACUCAAGCAGAAUCUUACAAAGAUGAGGUCCAGUCGUAACUUCUGUCUCGACAUAAUUCUGCUCUGUGUGAUCCUCGGAAUCGUCUCUUACAUCUACAAUGCUAUGAAAUGAGAGAGAGCAGCUACAAGAAGAACAACAUUGUGGCCGUUGCAAAAAUUCUGGUAACUUUGUGUCAGGAAACACUUUUAUUUUGCAAAAAACUUGGUUUUUUUUUUAAACCUAAGAAAGAGGAAACUGUUUGUCUGAUGGGUAAUAAUCAUCUACUCAUUUGAGAAGUGACUUUGUGAUAAGUAAAGACUGUGAUUGUGUUCCGAGUGGAAACUAGUUUAUAAUUAUAAUA